AAUAAAACUAAAAUAAAAGAUGAGAAAGGAAAACUAGAAAAUGAAUAGAAAGAGAAGUCUUUCAGUUCUGUAAUUCCGUUCCAUACCGAAGACAGACAAAAAGAGUGAAACCUGAAAGACAAAGGUCGUUGUUUCUUCAUUCCUAUCAAUUUUGAAAGAUGAACGGCGGCCCGUCUGGUUUCAAUAAUGCUCCAGUCACAAGAAGCUUUAUAGCUGUAUCUGCGGUCUUCACCGUAUUUUUUGGGAUCCAAGGCCGUUCGUUAAAGCUCGGAUUGUCCUAUCAGUUCCCCGUGUUUAUUACAUCCUUCUUUUCACGGCUUUCUUUUCCCUCUAUGGGGAAUUCACCUACAGCACCAGCUAGGAAUCUUGCAGAAAAUGUACCUUCCUACACAACUCGCCAAGUGGAGAGAACCUAUCGACCCACAGUUGCACCUUAAGCUGUAGAGCCAUUGGAGGACUCUGUUGCUACCCUGGUAUCGAUGGGCUUUGAUCAGAACUCAGCCAGGCAGGCACUUGUGCACGCUAGAAAUGAUAUCAAUGCUGCCACGAACAUUCUUCUUGAAGCACAGUCCCACUAAUUGAGACAGAAUUGCCAGCGAAAAGUGGACGCGCAGAUGUUAUUUCAUCGGACUUAAUGCUUUCAUCAUACAGAUAUAUACAUUUUGGCCACCAAUUUGCUUGCCUCCUGAGUUCUGUGCCAUUCCAUUUUGUUGCCCCCUUCUAUUUCUGUUAGUAGCUUGUAGUUUAAGUUAUCAUACACCAAUGCAACAAAGGUUUUUGAAAUUGUUUACCCUCAUGCAUGCAUGGAUUGUUAUAUGUGGGGCAUACGGUCCAAAAUUACUGGCAAGUUUUGUAUAUUU